AUGGCAACGACUGGUCUCACAGCAGCAUCAACAUCAGCAGCCACGCGUGACGACGAUACACAUGGAGCUGGUGGAACGAGUGGAACAAGUGGCUCGACCGGUCAAAGUGGAAUAUCCAGUUUUAAACAAGCUGGUCCAUCUGAUAUGCAGCAGCUACCCUCUGAUACAAGUUUGGGCAUGAGUGGCGCAAGCGGUGAUCAGGGGCGUAUUCCUCCGUUGGGAACCAGCGACUGGAACAUAGAUCCAUAA